AUGUUAAAGAAGGAGUUUUUCAAUAAUGAGGUAAGGAUCAAGUUUGAGCAUGAAGGAGAAAAAAGGAUCAUGCAGUUUUCUAGACCAGUGAAAUUGAAAGACAUGCUACACAAGGUCAGCGAUGCCUUUGGACAGCAAAUGGAGCUACACUUUAUUAAUAACGAGCUUCGCACUCCACUACGAUGCCAAAAUGAAUUGGACAAAGCAGUUGAGCACUUGGACCUCAAUUCUAGUAAGAAAAGCCUGAGGAUUUUGGUUAUGCCUCGAAAGAACAGCCAUAUGAACUGUAAAACCACGGAGAAGUUGCCUGAAAUUAGAAUGGCAAAAUCUAUGGGAGACUUGUUGGGAUCAUUGUAUAAGGGGAAUGAGCGUCAUCGGAAGCUCUCAACAGGUUCCCUGCAUACAGGACGUAGCUCGCCUCCACCUGGCAGUGUUCCUGAUGGGCAACAGCAGUUUGUACGGCAAGGAUCCUAUGCCAGCAUCCACAGUGAGGGAGAAUUCAUCCCAGAGGCUUUGGAACAAAGUGUUUUGGAUCCGUUCAGCAGUGCUGAGGCAUCGCUGUCUGGAAGUUGUCAGUCGCUGGACAGAUCGAUAGACAGCCCAUCUUUCACCCAGCCUGGAGUUGCGAAGAGUUAUCCUGAUGAAUGCUUCAACUUCAAAGAACCUGCCAACCACUAUUGUGAAAGAGCAGGAAAAGGUGGGACAUAUCCACGGCAGUAUCACGUCUCAAAUCACCGCAAAGACUAUAGUGAUGGGAGAAGAACAUUUCCCCGGAGCUUCAUCCAUCAGGAAAAUCUUUUCCAACUGGUUCCUUCCAGUCGGUCUCACAGUGCGAACGGGGACAGCAUGGGGAGUACCUUGCAGUAUGACGAGAGUCGAACAAUUCGAUGGAGCAGUGAAGACAAAAGUUGCCUCAAAGUUCACGACAGACAUUUGCCUUCAGUGUCAGUAGCCCCUCGAGCUCCCAUCAACUGGAGACUGGGGAAGUUCCUUGGCCGUGGAGCAUUUGGAGAAGUUUACCUGUGCUAUGACGCAGACACAGGCAGGGAACUGGCAGUCAAGCAAGUGGCUUUUGAUGCAGAUAGCCAAGAGACAAGCAAGGAAGUCAAUGCUUUGGAAUGUGAAAUACAGUUACUAAAGAACCUCCAUCACGACAGGAUAGUGCAGUAUUAUGGUUCGCUACGGGAUACAAUGGAAAGAAAAUUGUCUAUCUUUGUAGAAUAUAUGCCAGGAGGUUCUGUCAAGGACCAGUUGAAGGCUUAUGGAGCACUCACUGAGAAUGUAACGCGAAAGUAUACCAGACAGAUUCUAGAAGGGGUUUCCUAUCUCCACAGCAAUAUGAUUGUACACCGAGAUAUAAAAGGUGCCAACAUUUUGAGGGACUCUGCAGGGAAUGUCAAACUGGGUGAUUUUGGAGCCAGCAAACGUUUGCAAACUAUCUGUAUGUCAGGGAUUAAAUCAGUAACCGGAACACCCUACUGGAUGAGCCCUGAGGUUAUCAGCGGUGAAGGAUAUGGAAGGAAAGCAGAUGUCUGGAGUGUGGGGUGCACCAUUGUGGAAAUGUUGACUGAGAAGCCUCCUUGGGCAGAAUUUGAAGCCAUGGCUGCCAUCUUCAAGAUUGCCACCCAGCCAACCAAGCCUCACCUACCAGAUAGUGUCUCAAACUCAUGCCGUGCAUUCCUGAAGCAAAUAUUCGUGGAGGAGAAACGGAGACCAUCUGCAGAAGAACUUCUGAGACAUACAUUUGUUCAGUAUAACCUCUAGUCAAAUGAUCAUUGGAGCUGUGAAGAGUUGGUACCCCACUGAGUAGGACUUUGAAAUUACUCCCAACUCUUAUAAAGAUACUUCCAAAGGAAAAGGCAUUUUAGCUUUGUAUAUAUUUUUUGUAAAAAUAAUACGAAAUACCAAUCAAUGCAAUUGCACAUUCUGCUUUUUUAAAACUUGUUGUGACAUAAUUUUAUCUAUUAGCAAUGUAGGAAGGUGAGUCAGUCACGAGAUAGAAAAACUGGAAAAAUUUGCGGAAGGCUGUUUUUUUUGCCUAAGUGUUAGUUUUGUUCAGAGUUUUUGGAGGGAGUGUUUUUAAUCAUAUCUUACCAAAUUCACCUUGUUAACUACCUACCCCACGCUGUGACACUCCAAUAAUCUGAUUCUAUUUCCCCAUCUUACCUUGGACAUUCCCAGAACAAGUCAUCACUGCCAGAAUAUCACAGAAUUGAUAGUGCCAGCACCAGGGAUGCCAAUGUUUAAAAUGCCUUAGUGCACCCGGAUAAGAGCUGUUGGUCCAGAGCUGCCCUACACUCCUUGACAUUUGCGCUGGGCAUGGCAGACAAGGGACACGUGUUGCCUUGCUUUGCCGGUGGAAAUUCCGCUGGGUUGGGUGGUGCACUUAGCAGGAUAUCCUUUUACCCCGGACCAGCAGAGGAAACUAUGACACCAGUCUGCUCUGGAGUUGCCACUUUGGGUCAGUGCAGUCUCAAAGUCUGGAAGAGCACACAGCAAUGUCUCCAUUCUCCUCUCUGCCAGUGUUAGAGCCACCAUUCACAUUCACCCUAUCUCUGCUACUGUACCCACCUCUCACCAAGGCUCAAGUUUUACCAUUGUCAGUAUGGUCCACAACAUUUUCCCUCACUUACCCACCACAAACUCUGACAACAUGAGCCCCACAUGCCCUCUACACUGCCUACUCACUCACUCGGGACACCUCCUCACCUGAACAAAACAGCUAUGUCACCAACUUUCAACCCCCAUAAAACUUGCUUCACUGUCAUUCUAGGAUGGACACAGCUCACAAUAGGUAAGAAAUAUGUGAUAUAACAAGGUGUAGAGCUGGAUGAACACAGCAGGCCAAGCAGCAUCAGAGGAGCAGGGAGGCUGACGUUCCGGGC